AUGACCCAUGAAUCUAUGAUCCCGGGUGACUUGUCUGGUCCUCGGUACGACCUGUUCGCCCUGUCCCCCGAACCGGCCCGGGUCCUGUCAGACAGCUCGGCGUACUCGCUUACUGUGCCAUCACCAACCCAGACGUCAACCAGUGGCCACACACAACAAGUUGUGGAGGACCCUUCAUCAAGCCUGUCACUUGGUCAUGUAUCCGAAGACCCAACCGGGUCUCCCAUCCAUAUUGAACCCACACACAAUGAAAUUGCCCAUUUCCAAGGACUACCUUAUUACUCUGAACCUAGCCUGGACGGUCUGGUGCAGGAUUAUCCCUUGCAAAUGUAUGGAGUCUUCGAACCGCAGCAUGACACAUUUUCCCGCGACAGCCAGACUUCAAAUUUCCCAAACCUGAAUGCACCGACAGUUCAAGACAUGGCGGCCUCUCUGACGACACUAUGUUCGCCCAGGUUAGCAGUAUCUAUGCCCGAUCCCAUACACCGACCGUAUACGUGGCCCAUGAGCUCCCAGGAUACUUGGAACUGCACCGUCACCGAUUACAACUAUGCCCAACAUGCGUUUAGGAGUAGCACAGGAGGGGCGCAGGAGGCUUCCCCUCCCGCCGGCUCUAGUUUGCAUGUCAUCUUCGAGGACCCGCGAGAGAACCCGCGCGGCCAUCGUGAAAGGCGGAUCCGAUCCAAGAUUGAUGUAGAGAAGCAGAAAGAGAACACUCGUUUGCUCAAAAUGUUUGGCGGUGCCUGUCUUUGGUGUUAUCGGAGCAAGAAGAGAUGCCAGCCUGCCGAUACCUGUCGCUCUUGCGUGUUAAACCUGCGCAAGUGUAUUCGAGAGUCUUCGCAGCUGUCCCUGUUUGGUCCUACCGUGGAGCUUUCUGCGGACGACGGUCUCGCCGCUUUCUUGCUAAGCCCGCCUUCCCGUGAAGCGCUCACCACGUUGGGGUUUCUGAGCAACAAAAUCCUCAAAAGAGAGCCAGGACUGCGGGUGGUGAUCAACCUCCGCCAAACCGGUGAUGGGCAGAUUCAAACGUGGGCGAUCGACCUGCGCGAAGCCCAAACGGCCGUCUCCAGUGCGUGGGGGCAUCCUGCUGCUGGGUUUAUUGCCGAAGCACACAAGUAUGUCUGGUGCGCUGAGCUGGUCAAGCUCGAAAAGGCCUACCAUCUGCACCCGCUCGUGCAAUCCGCCAUCGCCAUGGCGAGAAUGUUCAUGACCCUUCGUUGUCUCGGGCAAACCAACGUUCAUGUCAGCCACUUUGAUAUUGACAUUGCACGUCUGACGUUGUUCUAUGUGCUGGUUGUCUGCUCGCGGGACCUAGCAGAGAAGUCCGAGCGCUUCGCUGGGAUCCUCUGCGAGAUAUUGCGUGGAAAGGACCUGCAUCAUGAGUCUGGCUCUGGAAAGGAGGAAGAGACGUACGCUGUGAGCCCGAUCUGGGCCGCCACCGCGCUCUACUAUCGGGUUGUCAGCGGGCUACUGGACCUUCACACCUGCCUGUCCAUCGCACCGAUCUUCAAUUCCUUCGCUUCGCACCUGGAUGGUGUUCACAGUAGCCUGUGGAGCAUUCUGAAAUGGAUUUCACCCUCCCAAGAACCUUGCAGCAAGGACUCCUUGACUGCUGUGCUCAAUGAUGAGAUCCCCGUCCUGCCGUCUCGCGAAUACUUCGACAUCGCUCUCUGGCUAGGACCAUCCAGCCUCGAGCCUUUCGAGCCCGUGGUCUUCAGACGACACGCAGAUCCUUUCUCGGAGACAUCCCAUGCCAUGGAAUCCUUUCUGGACGAAGCGUUCACCCGUCCCCCGGUUCACCUCCGGCCCAGUCCCGAUAACCCGGCAUCUCCACGCAAAGCCAAGCCCGCGGAGACAAACAUGCCCGACGAUGCUUCGGCGAACAAACCCCCGAGGAUGAUCUCCCCGGUGCGCAGCGAAGAUUUCGACCCGACGAACCCAGACACUUGGCCCAGCCAUGAGGAGUCGAUGACCCUGAUUGACGAGUUCUUUGGUGCGACCACCCCGAAGCCGGAAACGAGCAGCGCGACGAUUCCAACCAAAACGGUGUUUAGAUGA